UAAUAUUUAAUCAGUAGCACGUUAUUGUGCACGAAAAUUUAAAGAUUUAAACUUGGUUACAUUCGUGAUUUGUCAGACCCAGACAACCAGUGAUUAAAUAUAAAUCUACAUUAAAUUUUUAAUAAAUAAUGCAAAUUAUACAUUAUUCAAACAAACUAAAAUAUAUGGUUUAACUUUUUUAAAUUUGUAACAUAUUAAAAUGGAUGUGAUAAAGAAUGGACGUGAUUUCGAUGUAGAUGAAGAUUCAGUGCCAUCGAUAGAAGAAAGUGUUGAAAUACCAGAACACAUUCCGCCAUCAGUUGUUCAACGGUACUAUGAAUCUCGUUAUGCCACAGACGUUAACAACAAGCCCAAUCAGGACUACAGCGUACUAAUUCAUUCUAAUAACCUAUGUAUUUUAUCACUGGCUCCUACACAUGCAUUAAUGGGGAAAACUAUUGAUAAAAUAGAUUUUCAAGUUUCUGGGAGUACACAUCGACUAACAAAUAUGAUGACAGGAAAAGGCAAACGAGGAGCUCAAGUUGUACAAGCAGGAUCAACUUUGUGUAUAGUUCAUUGUUCUGAUGGAGAAGAACAUAAGAUAUUAUCAGCUGUUCCAGGUAAAUUAGUGGAAAUGAACAGCAAGUUAGCAGAAACCCCAAAUAUCAUGUUAGAAAAACCAGAUGACCUUGGAUUUAUAGCAAUAAUCUUACCACAGAAGCAGAGAUUUGAAAAAAUUAAAAACGGACUUUUGACUAAAGAACAAUACAAAAUAAGAAAUUGCACAUAGUUUGACUGAAACACUAUAGUAUAAUUGUUGAUUUUGUUUAUUUUUAUAAACUACUUUUAAAUAAAUUAAAUAAGAGAAAUAUAUAAACUUUUAAUUUGA